AUGGCGUCCAGAUCUAAAGUCGAAUUGCUGCGGUCUAAGCUGAACACAGCAAAGCCAGCCGUUGCUAUGGCUUCCCACAACCCUCUUGCAGCAAAGCUUGCGGAUGAGGCAGGGUUUGACGCAAUAUGGGUUAGCGGCUUCGAGAUCUCGGCAUCAUAUGCUGUCCCAGAUGCCAGUAUUCUACCCAUGAGUGUCAAUCUCGAGAUUACACGUGCCAUGAGCCGCGUUCAAGAGGCACCACUCGUGGUUGAUAUCGACACCGGAUUCGGGAAUGCAAUCAAUGUUGCCUAUACAGUACCACAAUUUGAGGCCGCAGGUGCAGCAGCGAUUGUGAUCGAGGACAAGACAUUCCCGAAAGAUAGCAGUCUCCGUUCCGACGGGCGUCAGCUGUUGGUUACGGUGGAGGAGUUCCAGGGCAAGAUUGCUGCUGCGAAAGCAGUUAGUUCUGUUUUAAUAAUUGCAAGAACAGAAGCGUUGAUCGCUGGCCUUGGCGAGGAGGAAGCUUUACGGCGCGGUGUAGCCUAUGCGGAAGCAGGGGCAGAUGCGAUUCUGAUCCACAGCAAGCAGAAGACACCUGAUGAGAUCGUUUCUUUCUGUCGAGCUUGGCCCGGUCCAGUUCCGUUGGUGAUAGUUCCAACUAGCUAUCCGCAACUCUCAUUUAAAGAGGUUGGUGCUCUCAACAAAGUCGGUCUAAUCAUUUGUGGAAACCAUUCAGUUCGAGCAGCUGUAGCCUCCAUGAAGAGCACCUUCGGCCGCAUUCUCAAAGAAGGUGGCAUAGCGGGCGUGGAGAAAGAUAUAGCCACGGUGUCAUCUGUCUUCGAGCUUCAAGGAGACGCUUACAUGCGAGCGUUGGAGAAAGCAUAUCUUCGGUCUGGACCUAUGCAGAGUGCAGAAGAGGAGGCAAACCGGCACUUGCAGCAUCACUAG